AUGACCAAAGAUUUCAAGAAGCACGACAUCGUCAUCAUCGGAGCUGGACCAGUUGGUCUGCUCUUGUCUGUCUGCCUAACACGAUGGGGUUAUGAUGUGAGGCAUAUCGACAAUCGACCAGUGCCUACGGCCACCGGUCGUGCUGAUGGCAUUCAACCUCGAACGUUGGAGAUUCUUAGAAAUCUAGGGCUCAAACGGAAGAUCAUGGCCUACGACCCAGCUAGAGUCUUUGAAGUCGCUUUCUGGGACCCCGCGCCAGGUGGCAAGAUCGUCAGGACUGGCACCUGGGCCAGCUGUCCCAGCUUCCUCGAUGCCAGAUAUCCCUUCACUGCACUGCUUCACCAGGGUCUGAUUGAACGAGUCAUGAUCGACGACCUCCGCAUGAACGGCAACAAUGUUCAGAGACCCUGGACCAUCACACGAUUUGAGACCAAUAACGCAGACCCAGGAUAUCCUGUAGAAGUGGAACUCAAGAACCUGGAUAGCAAUGUCACCGACACCGUUCGAACCAAAUACCUCUUCAGUGGCGAGGGCGCAAAAAGCUUCGUUCGCGAACAGCUCAAGGUCCCGAUCCGACACAAAGAUCCCAUUUCUCACGUCUGGGGUGUCAUGGAUGGUGUUGUACGGACCAAUUUUCCCGACAUCAAGAUGAAAUGUACGAUUCAUUCCGACCAUGGCAGUAUCAUGGUCAUCCCUCGUGAGGACAACAUGGUCCGCCUGUAUAUCCAGAUCGCUUCCUCCACUGACCCGGACUUCAACCCUCGCAAGACAGCAACCGUGGAAGAAGUUCAAGCUGCAGCCAAACAUAUCUUCGAGCCCUAUUAUUGCGAUUGGGACCGUGUUGAAUGGUACUCCGUAUAUCCGAUUGGCCAGGGCAUCGCAGAGAAAUACACGCUUGACCAUCGGGUCUUCAUGGGCGGCGAUGUCUGCCACACGCACUCUCCCAAAGCUGGCCAAGGCAUGAACACUGCUUUCCACGAUGCCAUCAACCUCGCCUGGAAGCUUCAUCACGUCGAGUCCGGUUUUGCCUCCCGUUCCGUUCUCUCCACAUAUGAGACCGAGCGUAAGUCGGUCGCCGAAACGCUUCUCGAUUUCGACAACAAGUAUGCCGCCCUCUUCUCCACGCGGCAACCCUCUUCUUCCGAAGUUUCCUCUGCCUCGAAUAGCAGUACCUCUCACCACACCAACACAUCAGCUCCCGAGGAUGAGAACCCCUUCGUGGCGAUGUUCAAAGCCAAUUGUGAAUUCACUGCCGGCUACGGCGUCGCUUAUGGGCCCAAUAUCUACAACCAUUCAGCCGAGCACACUUAUCAACAUCCUCUUUUACUGACCAACCAUCCUAAACUACGGACUGGCCGGAUCAUGCCUAAUAGCAAUGCGACGCGUGUUGCCGACGCCAAUUUUGUGCAUCUCGAGAACGAGAUUCCCUGCAAUGGAUCCUUUCGACUCUUCAUAUUCGCCGGCCUGCAAUCUUCAGCCAAGAAAGGGGAGCACAAAGCGUUAUCUGAUUUUGCCACCGCGCUGCAGGCUCCCACAUCAUUCUAUAGCCGCUUUGGCUGGGCGGACGAGGAGCGGGAUACGCAUCACGAUCACAAUAACCCUCACACGCCGCUGUUCUCCCUCGCAUUGGUCGUAGCAGCCAGAAGGCCCGAGAUUGAAGUCUCCAAUCUGCCGGAACUGUUCCAUGACUAUGCGGCAAGGGUUUAUGCGGAUGAUGUGUGGCAGAAAGCCGUCCCAGAUGCGAAGGCGCCGAGUCAUGCAAAGACAGGCUUCGAAGGUGAUGAGGGCGGGGUGGUUGUUGUGAGGCCGGAUGGCCACGUGGCCUGCGCGGUUCGGCUGGUGGGCAAAGAGACGGUGGAUGCGCUGGAAGGGUAUUUUGCUACUUUCCUGGACAAGACUGGCAGAAAGGCGAGGGCAAGAGAGCCCAAGUUUGGGCUUGGAGGAGGAGCGCAGAGAGUACGGGCUCAGCUGUGA